AUUAUUAUAAUACUGCAUUUAAGACAGAAAUAAUUAAAAUCUUAAAUAAAGCUCCAUUAAUAUUAGAACUGUAGGAAUGUACUAAAAUGUCAAGUUCUUAUACAUAAUUGAAGGAAGGAAAAGGAAUAUAAGGAAGAAAAACAUACUUUGCAAAACAUGUUGAAAAGUAAAUCCAUAAGAAAAAAGAGGAGCAAAACUUGCAAACCCAAUUUAAAUGUGUAAUAGUAAAGAACAUGUUGACUUAACAUGCAUUUGUCAGUAAUCAAUUAAUAUUUUUUAUCAUUUUUUUGCAGGAUUACGAUAAUGCUACAAAUUUAUAAAGCAGAAAAGGGCCUUAAAAAAAGGUCUUAAAACAGACAAAUUCUGAUGUGUCAUGUGUCUAAAGAACCCUUCAAAGACAGCGACAAAAAAGUCUUACAGAAACCCUUGCCAGAUAGUAAAACAUGGAGUAUGAAUUAAAAUAUCUACACACAAACAAAAAGGAAAUAUCAAAUACAAAAAGCUAUAAUUAGUGUAUUACCAAAUAUAAAACAUGAGAGAUAAAAUAAUAAAUAACAUUUGAUAUUUUUGACCAAACAGAAUUAUCUGGGGAAGUCACUAAUUACACCAGAAGUAAGCUUGGCAACAUGGACCACAGAAAUAAAAUUUGGAGUUCAGUUGAAAUAAAUGAUAUAUAAAAUAAUAUGUGUAAUUUUACUGUUGUUAAUCAACAACAAUGGCUAUUUUUUGUAUAUAUUUAGGUUUUUAAGUAAAUUGUUUAUAAAUAAGAACCAUUUUGCCUUUUAACUAAUGUCAUUUUUGGACUAAAAAUUAUAUAAUUGUCUGUGUUCCCACCUCUAGUUUAUACAUUAGUAAAUGUCAAAUUUAUUAAGAAAAUGUCACUGAUGUGAUAGUUCUUUAGUUUUAUUGUAGAAAAAAUUAAAAACUUAAAAAUUUAGUUAAGACAGUUGUAUAUGGACAUGAAUGAAGCUUUCUCCCUAACAUGUGAACGUGCGUAAACGGUUCCCGCGCACUGCGUGCUCCUAGUAUUUUCAUGGCUCCAUGGCAUAUCCGCCAUGAUGGCUUUAUGCUCAACACGCUCAACAUGGAAAGUUUCAAAGUUGUUUUAUCGUAUUUGUGACUGAGUGCGUGUAAAUAAAAACAAUGGGAACGUACUAAAGUAAACGAAGAAUUGUUUAGUGCCCUCCUCGAACGGCCCGAGGGAAAGGGAGCUAGUUUUUAGGAGGUUUUAUGUUGGCCUUGUCGAGUGUUUUGUGCUGUCAACAAAUAUGUCGAAGCUUUCAUUUAGGGCGAGGGCCCUGGAUGCUAGCAAACCCAUGCCUAUAUACAUGGCUGAGGAACUCCCGGAUCUUCCUGAUUAUUCAGCGAUCAAUCGGGCAGUUCCUCAAAUGCCAUCAGGAAUGCAAAAGGAGGAGGAAUGUGAACACCAUCUUCAACGUGCAAUUGUUGCUGGACUCAUCAUUCCUACUCCCGAAGUUUCCGAAUUGCCAGACAAGGAGUUCUAUGAAAAGGUCUAUCCAGCAAAUUAUAAGCAACCCCGACAGCUUAUCCACAUGCAACCAUUCACAAUGGAACAGGAUAUUCCCGAUUAUGAUAUGGACUCGGAUGACGAGAGGUGGCUUCAAGCUCAGACGCAAAAAUUGGACCUAAGUCCAGUCAAGUUUGAAGAGAUGAUGGACAGGUUAGAAAAGAGCAGUGGUCAAACUGUUGUCACCUUAAACGAGGCCAAGGCGCUUCUCAAAGAAGACGACGAUCUCAUAAUAGCAGUAUUUGAUUAUUGGCUGAAUAAACGCCUGAAAACACAACAUCCUUUGAUUUUGACCGUAAAAACGGAAAUAAGAUCUGGUACUGCAGCUAACAACCCAUAUCUGGCAUUUAGGCGACGAACAGAGAAGAUGCAGACAAGGAAAAACCGCAAAAACGAUGAAGCUUCCUAUGAAAAGAUGCUAAAACUGAGAAGGGAUUUAUACAGGGCUGUGACACUGUUAGAACUUGUAAAGAGGCGAGAAAAAAUCAAGCGAGAGUAUGUACAUCUUACGGUAGAGGUAUUUGAGAAACGCUUCCAAGCCAAGGAUUUCAGUGGUGCUGUAAUGGCAGAAGCUUCGGCUAUCAAAUCAUCCAGACCUGCAUUUACACCAAUAUUUCACAAUCACUAUCCAAAUCAAAGUUGGGCGAAUAAGUCUAUACUUAAAGAUGAGGUUAUACCACGAAGAGAAAAACGACAGUACAAAAAACGCAAACACAAAUCGCUGGGUAAUCGAUCUGGAGGUUAUGGAGUUGAUUCUUUGGGCGGUAUGUCUUCUGAUGAUGAGGUGAAUAUGUCACAGUUAUCUCCAGAACCAGAAGAGGCUGAAGAUGAAAGUCAGUUUGCAUUCAAAAGGAACAAGCUAUGUUCUUAUCAUAGGCCACUUUCGCAUGAAGGCAACUGGAGGUGGGCGUCAAAGGAAGAGAAUGGUUCAGCAGACAAACGGUUCCGAUUUACGUUAACAUCCCUCUCGAAUCCGCGUCGGUGUAUAGGCUUCGCUCGAAGGAGGGUUGGUAGAGGCGGUAGAAUAAUUCUCGAUCGAAUUUCAACAAAUUACGACGAUUUCUGGAGGACAUUAGAUUUCUCUAUAACGGAACCGGAUAGAGAGGCUGGUACGAGUAGAGUUGUCGAGGAGGAGCCAGCCCUAGUUCAAGAAACUGAUAUUAAAAGUGAAGUUAGUGUUAGUAACAGUGCACGGAUAAGUGAUAGUAGUGUGAUUAGUGAUAGUAUUAAGGUGGAAAUUAAGAAGGAGCCGGAGGAUGUGCAAGAGGAGGGUGUUACACAACUGGAACCUGUGUAUACUAAAGAAGAGAAUGAUGAUAUGGUCGAUUUUCUUCGAUCACUUAGGAGGGAUUGGUUACAUUUUCGACCUAAAACGCCACCACCUGACUAUGAAGUUCCCUGUGAUAUGCUUCAUUCUGAGGAGACAUUCUUCGAUCCCAGUGCCAACACCUUCUCGAUGGAGAUACAGACAUUGGAUGCACCUAGUUCUACCUUUCUGGAUACCUCUACGUUUGUCUCUGAUCCUUUCACGCUCGACCAGCUGGACUUGGAUUCAAGGCAGCUCCUACCUGCUGCAUCCACUCUCAAUACGCUUAUACCUAGUGUUAGUAGUGAUAGUAACGAAAACGACAAUUUCUUGUCAAGUGAUUCUUCUAGUAGUGAUAGUGACUUUAGAACUAUUGGUUGUUCGAAUUUUAAAGUAAAUGAUCUAGGUUUGAAUGACAGUAAUGUUACUACAAGUUCUACAAUGACGAAAAGUCAGCAAACAAAAGUUCAAUAUUCCAGUACCUCUGCUAGUCCUAAAGUAAAUAGUGUGAAUACAACAUCCUCUUCGAGUGGGGAAGAUUUUAAACCAACCAGAGGCAACUCUGACUCUUCUUUGCUUGGGAAUACCAAUGGAUUGUUGAGUCAGUUUUGCUUUGAUGUACCUCCUUCUAGAACAAAAAAUAAUAAAUUACAAUACGCUUACUCUGGAGCAAUGGGAUAUCCAAAUGCUUCUUCAGGUACCCUAAGUCUUCACACUUCUGCGCAUACCCUUACGCUUAAUAGUCAUAGUGCCAACAUAUUGGAUAUACCAUUGACUAAUGACACAGAAACAAAUAAAAUAGAUUCAGAAGCCACUGGGGGGCCUGUAUCAAGUAACAAUAAGUCAAAAAGUAUAGUACGAAAAAAUAACAUUAUAAUGGAGGUAACGUGAUGAUCAUUUUGGCGCCUGCUAUCCUCGUGGAUUGCGGGAUGAGGAAUCAGUUUUUGAGUACAGGGUGUUGUAUUACACAAAACAUAAAAAACUCAGCAUAUAUGCCUGCAUGAUUUCGGUGUUAAGUUAUUGAUUUAUAUAAUAUAGAAACUAGAACUCAUGUAUCACAUGCUAAGAGGAGUUGAGAGAAAUAUUUAAAUGGUUUUUCUCUGCUUUCAAAUGAUUUUUAUUGUUGCAAAUUAUAGUACAAAAAUAUUAGUAUAUAAUGCAAGUAUAUAAGAAAAUAUGUUAUAAACAAAUAUCAAAAGCAUCAUAUUAAAUCACGUAGUAAUAUUUCAGGUGUUGAUCAAAAAUGCAGUAUGUGUCGAAAGUACAGAUGAUAAAGCCUUAAAAGUAGCUGAUGCACAAACUAACAUCAUUUCUGAAAGAUUUUACAUUUAUUUUACAUCAAAUAAUCAUAGUGGACAAAAUUUUUUAAUAUGUAUUCUUGAAAAAAAAAUUAUACAAUUGUUAAUAAGAAAGCGUAUCAACUAGUUGUCUUUUUUAAGCAAACUAGCAAGUUUACAUACAAAUUUGAAAAGAUGAAUUAUAUUAGAUACUUGUAAAAAUGAUAAUUCUAGCCAUACAGCUCACAAUACUUUCAAAACUUGGUUUGACUCAAACAAAAACUUGAUACAAAAACUCAAAAGGUUUGUUUAUGCAGCAUUUUCAAACGCAUCAAAAACUGAGAAGUUUGCACAGUAAACAUUUGGCUUUCAUAAAUCAAACAGUUUGAUCAAAUGUUCGUACAGUAUUUGCACUCAAUCGAUUGCAAAAUUUCAUGUUGGAUGGUAUCAAAUUUGUAACGUGUUCAAUUGUGUUUUUAGGGCUAUUCUCAAAUCUUUACUACAAAGAAUUACAUAUUUCAUUUUGAUAAAGUUGGCUCAUUCUUUUUCAGUUUAGACUUGUAUUUCGGUAGUCUACUUUUUUAUUUUCUGUUAUUAGUGUUUUAACGAAAAUUAAACUUGUGUGGGAAGAAAGAAUGCCCAGAGUUGGGUAUUAUUUUGGGCAAUGAAAAAAUUAAGGGUUAAUAUGAAUUCAGAAUUAUGAAGGUUUCCUUGGUAGAUAGAGUUACGAACAAUGAAGUACUGAGAAGAAUAGGUAAAGAGAAGGAAGUUGAACUUACAAUUAAAGAAAGAAAACUACAGUAUCUCGGACAUGUGAUGCGGGGCGAGAAGUAUGGCAUCCUGCGACUCAUAAUGCAGGGAAAGAUAGAUGGCAGAAGACGAAUUUCAUGGCUGAAGAACCUGAGAGAACGGUUUGGAUGCAGCUCAAAAUAACUAUUUAGAGCUACUGCCUCAAAAAUUAAAAUAGCUAUGAUGAUUGCCAACCUCCGUAGCGGAGAUGGCACCUGAAGAAGAAGAUGGUUUGUCUGGAAUUUAAGUUAGACGCAGAAUUAUAUGUUUACAGAUGUUCACUAUGCGACGGCUCUCGGGUAUUUUGAAGGAUACAACGGCGAGCGUUGUAAAGUGGCUUUACAGGUCUCUAAACGGGGGAUACUGAAGCCAGAAUGAAAGGAAAAAAGUGAAUCAUACUAACUGAAAGUAGAUAAAAACUAGAACAAAAUAAAAAUGAAAAAGCGCCUCACCUUAUCUUUUCUCUUAGUGACAAGGAAUAAUAUCUGCUUUAACUCUACUCCAAUAAGUAGACAGCUGGACAUUAUCUAGUUUUAUCUCUUGUGACCAAGAGAUAAAUCGGAAAUUAAGGAAGCCAUAAUAGGUUUUUCAAAAACAAAAUCACAAAAACUUUAACACCUAUAUUGAAAAUAUUAAAAUCUUUCAGGAGAAAAUUAUCUAAAAUACUGCCAAAGACACAAUUACACCAGGCAAAGGUGUCACCGGGCAAAGCAAUUACAGCGGUACCACCUCAUGGGCUGGCUGUCAGGCCAAAACUCCCUGACGGCUUAAGGUACUAGUACGCUUUAGAAGACCAAAAAUAAUAAUUUGUUUCUCAGAACCUUUAUUAAAAAUGAAUAUAAAACUUUUUACAUAUCAAUAUCGUAACUCUUAGAGAGUACAAAAAAUAUAUCUUUUUUCAUUUAUGCACGUGCACUAAUAUUGUAGAGUGCGCAAAAGUCGAGGUCUCAAAAAAUGAUGGCGGACAGUUAAUCUCAGGAUUGUGACAUCCGAAACAAAAAAAUCUUCAUUUGAAAAAGGAAGGUUUCUUACGUGACAGUUUACCACAAUUUGACCAAAAAAUAAAAAAUAUUUUUUAACCAUGAAAAACUGAAGAAAAAUUUUUCAAUUUCCGUAAAAUCUUUUUUUUGCGGAGUUUUUCACUAUUACUUAUUUCACAGAAAAACUUAUUAAUUUACAAAAUUUACAAUGCGUAUAUAACAAAUGAUUAGUCAAAACUGAAUAUUUUGCAAGAAAAAAUUUGGAAAUAAGUUAUAGUGCCUACACAAAGCCUGUCAUAAUUGUUUUAUACCAUUAUUCUUAUUUUUCAACUCAGUAAUGUGAAUAAUUGCAUCUUCUUAUUAGUUUAAAGACUUCUUGGAUGAUACAAAAUAAAAGUCACAUGGUGGCAGUUCCAAGUUGUAAGUGAUCCACUUUAUACAAAUCUCAUUAUGAAUAUGGUUUCCUAAACAAGCGAAGUAAUAUUUUUAAUUUAAUAAAUGUUCAAAUCGGCAGUUCUUGAUCAUUAUAACACAUUUGAAUGAGUUAAAUGAACCGAUACUUCUUAAAAACAACAUAUUAAAAAUUAUCUUUUGCACGGAUAUGGACAACGAGUAUACACGAUGUGCAAUUUCUAAGGUGUUUUAAGAACAUUUAAGUGUUACACUAUGGCUUUAUCUCAUAAAACUACACUCUGGGCCAAAAUUAACCGGCCACCUUAAAAAUGCGUAAUUUUUUAUGUCUUGUAUCUCCUAAACCUGUUGUCCGAUUUAAGUGAUUUUUUUAAUAUGUUAUAGCCUUAUUUCUUGCAAAUAUCGUUAUAAUAAUAUUGUUGCUAAACAGGUAAAUUUUCAUUGUAUACCGGAUGUACGAAUCAAAUAGUGUAUUUUUCUUAAAGUUUGCAUCGCCCUGUGGAAUAUUCUAGCAUUUGUAGAAUACUGAAAUUAAAACCUAACUAUAGCCUCAUGCUUUCUCAACAUUUUGUUCUUUGAUUGAUUCGCUUAUGUUGGAUAAUAAAAAAGUUAGGUGCUUUAACAACUAGACAUGCUUUUUAUCAAUACAGGGUGUUCUUAAAAAAAUUGGAAAAGUUUAAGGGAUCAUUCUGCAUGAAAAAUAAUGAUAGUCUGCUUUAUAAACUUAUGUCCAAAAAUGCUUCGUUUCCGGAUAGGGGGUGUUGAAAUUUUUCUGACAAACUGACGAUUUAUUUAUUGCUUUAAAACCGAUUGAGAUAUGCAAAUGCAAUUUGGUGGGUUCCAUGACGUAGUUAUUGCAUAGUUUUUGACAUACAAUUAAGAAUUUAAUAUUCACCAUUGGCGCGCAUACGGGUAAUAUGAGCCAUCUAAUUACCCGUAUGCGCGCCAAUGGUGAAUAUUAAAUGCUUAGUUGUAUGCCAAAAAAUGUGCAAUAACUACGUAUUAAAACCCACCAAAUUUCAUGUGCAUGUCUCAACCGGUUUUAAAAUAAUAAAUAAAUCGUCAGUUUGUCAGAAAAAUUUCAACACCCCCUAUCUCGGAAACGAAGCAUUUGCGGACAUAAGUUGAUAAAUAAUGACAAACUGUCAUUAUUUUUUCAUGCAGAGUUACCCCUUAAACUGCCAAAAUUUUUUAAAAACACCCUGUAUUGAUAAAAAACAUGUCUAGUUGUUAUAUUACCUAACUUCUUUAUUAUACAACAUAAGCGAAUCAAUCAAACAACAAAAUUUUGAGAAAGCAUGAGGCUAUAGUUAGGUUUUAAUUUCAAUAUUCUACAAAUGCUACAAUAUUCCACAGGGUGAUGCAAACUUUAAGAAAAAAAGCACAGUUUGAUUCGUACACCCGGUAUACAAUGAAAAUUUACCUGUUUAGCAACAAUAUUACUAUAACGAUAUUGUCAAGGAAUAAGGCUAUAACAUACUAAAAAAAUCACCCAAAUUUGACAACAGUUUUAGGAGAUAUAAGACAUCAAAAAUGACCCAUUUUUAAGGUGGCCAGUUAAUUUUGGCAAAGAGUGUAAUAAACAUGUUCUUAUUUCUGGUUGAUGACUUUCGUAAAAGUCCACACAAAGAUAUAAUUUAGAUACUGCAUAAAUCAUUUUAUAAAGCAGAGAAAAAUCCACUUCUUGAUGUGUUCAUGACGGUGAUCAUUAAUAAGAAAUUACUCAUUUGUGGCUUUAUUUCUAUUCCUAGAUUCAUAAGCCGAUUGAUGUCAAUUUUCGGUAUAUCCUUUUUUCAGUUGUAAAUUUCAGAAGUAAAACAAUAAUAACUAAUCCAUUUAAAAUUUUGAAAGUGUACAAACAAUGGUUCUACUUUUAUGCUUUAGUUGGGGCUAAAGUAAGUCUUCGGUAAGGUAUAGUAAAUUAAUAUUAAAAUUUUGUUUGUUUUCGGACAACAGACUCAGCAAAACACAGGUUUAAUUAAAAUUAAAAAAAAUAUUCUUGCUUUCAAUACAAAGUAAAAUAAAAAAUAAUAAAAUACAGUGCUCUGGUCUUCGUUCCGCCCCUGAAGAAAGCUCCUUUGGCGGUUGUCUGUAAAAGAAAAACAAAAUUGUAUUUACUACUAUCAAAAUGCAAUAACAAUGUUAGUAUAAUACAAAAAGCAAUCACGCUAUUUCUCAAUAGGGAAUCAAAAUAUUAAUAAUUACACACAGACUCGCAAUCACGCUAUUCCUCAAUAUGGAAUCAAAAUAUCAACAACUACACACAAACCAAUACAUCUACUCGACCCUCGACUGAGGCGGGCGAUCGGUCAAUGCGCGACGACCAACGAAGUGAUCCUUCAAUGCAGAAUCGCUCCAUGGCAGGCUCCGAUUCAAUACGUCGCAAGACUACGGUUGUUCUCAACUCAAUUCAUUGAGAACCCGGUUCUGUUCGUUCAGGUCAGUGCGCUGGGUGGAAGGUGGAACUGAUUCUCUGUUGCUCCACUCUCUAUAAGGUAAAUGUGGGAGUAAAAGUCCAAUCGUUACAUAUGUUGAGCGAACUUUUAACAGUUACAGCAAAGUGCGCUAAGAAGAAAUCUUGAUACACACAUUAACUGCCUCCUACUAUAUUUGGUUUUACACAAGAUCGUUAUUCUAUAUUAUAAGUUGAAUCAACCUAAGGCUUAUGAGUAUUUUCAAAAAAUAAUUUGAGGUUGUUUCCUGUACCUGAAAUCGAAUCAUGAGCCUUUCAAUCGGUAAUCAAACGAAGCAAGUUAUCAGUAUGUAUACAAUCAUUUAAUAUGUAUAUCAUAUUAUUUAUUUGUCCAGUUACUAAGAAAAACUAGCCAUUGGCACUAUGUUUUAAACAUGAUUUGUGCUUAGUGAUGAGAAUUCAACGAACCAAACUGUUGAAAAGAUGUAAGAUCAUAAUAGAGACGAAUGUCAAAUAUUUACAGUUGAUUCAUAAAUCUGUUACAUUGUUUCUCGAUACUUAAAGAACUGAGAACGGGGCCAAUGUAGAAGUAUUGUCGGGGUACUAAUGGAUUUGCAACGUAAAUAAUAAUACAUUUGACCAGCAGUCAUGUAAACUUGGCAGGCACGCCACUUAAAGUAGAGAGGCGUGAAAAAUUUUGGAAAAGGACAGUACUGGACGAAGGGAAAGAAAUUGGAAAAUCUUGGCUUGAAAUCAAAGUCUACAGAGAAAUGAAAUAGAGUUCGCUGGACACAUUUCGUAGAAGCCCUGUGUUUCUCUUAGGAAAACGUGAGAUUGAAGAUUAAGACCCAAAGUCGAAGUGUUACAAAGAACUAAAGACUCAUUUGAAAAGUGUGAAAAGUUGUUUUGUCGGUCUUGACGGUCCAGUUGGCUGGGGCUCAGUCUAUCGACAAGUUUAGUGGAUUUGCGAUUUGCGGUCGCUGGUUCGAGCCUCAGCUAGGUCAUGAAAUUUAUAAAAGGCCAACGCCGUAGUAUAAAACUCAAUAGAGUCUACGGCUUGGUCCGGAUAAACUGGCGUCGGAUCGGCCUAUGGAGGAGCAGUACGGCAAGGGAUAAGGGCUUGCGGCUUGGUGAUACUCCUCCAUAGAUCCCUACCGAAGGGCGUUGACGCCUAAGAACGGUGUAUACAGAAAAGUUGUUUUGCACUUUUAGGUUCGUAAAUUUAUUCACCAAUUUAUUAUUAUUGACCUGAGCACUAAGUUCUCAGAAAUUUAAAAGAUGACUUUAUUGUGAGGUUGCUUUUAUACAUAUUUUUUCCAACACACUGAGCCAAGUGGCUGUGGAAUAAAGGACAUGUUGUAUUCGUUAAGAAAUUUAAGAAAAAAAUAGUCAAUAACAUUAAUAUUUAUUUAAAAAAAAGUUGGAUAAUAUUUUGACUGUAAAAGUCACAUUUACCUUGUGACAAGAAGAAACCAACAUACAUCAAUGCACUGCUCACUUAACAUUCAGUAACACUUAACACUUCACGUGUUUAAAGUGAAGUUUAAAAACCAAUGUUGAUAUAUAAUGAGGCUUGUUUACCUUUAAAAAAAUGUAUAUAAUUACGAUAACAUUACCUAUAUUAAUACAUACUUAUUGUAUAUUGCCAGUUUUCCUUCAACAUUGCCCCUUAUUCUAUAAAAAUAUUAUCAUUCAAUCUCUUCACAGAUUGAUCUAUGCUUCUUCGGAUUGCUGACAUGUCUGGCUAUUCAAACUAUUCUGUUUUUUGCCAUUCUUCCUUUCUAUUGUAUCCAUUAAUUUAUGUUGCAUAUCCUGCACAUGUUACUGAUGUCGUUAAGUACUUCUUGAGAUUCUCAUUUCAUUUGUUGUUAAGUAUAUUCUUGUUGUCCUUGUUUCUCGUCUUGUUUCAGCAGUGUAUACCAUGAUUAGUGCAGUCACUGAAGGUUUUCACCUCCGAUUUCGUUGAACCUCCAUCGAUUUUCAUGAAAAUUGGUGAGUAAUUAGAGAAUACCUCAAGGAACAAAGGUGACAUGAUGCCAACUUACGCUUUUAUCCUGGGGGUGGAUGCCACCCCUUCUCGGGGGUGAAAAUUAUUUUAUUAAAAGUAAUACUAUAAGUCGAUAGAGGGACAAAUUUUAAGCAAAAUUCGUUAUAUAAAGUUAUUAAAAUAAAUAAACACUUUUUGAGUUAUUAAAGAUCAAAGAUAUUAUUUUUUCGUAAAAAAAUGCAUGUUUUAAAUCGGUUUUUCACGUAUAAAUCAAAAACUAUAAGCUUUUCCAAAAUGAAAUUGAAGAUAAUAAAAAAUUGAAUACAUUCCUCACAUAAAGAACUAAACUAAUGUUAGUUCAAAGUGAGUUAUUGGCAAUUGAAUGUGUAUUUUUUUCGACGAGUACUCAAAUCUAAGUAUUCAAGAUUAAAUAACGGGAAAACGAUGUAAUGUAUAAAAUAUUAACAUACGCCAUUUCCACAAAAAUUAAAAUUUAUAGUAAUCCUUACAAGAACUUCUUUAUAUUAGCAUAAUUAAUGUUUUAGAUAAUUUUGACCGGUUUAUAAUGCAUAUUUUUGAAAAAAAAAAGAUAUAAUUUAAAAAAUCAUAAUUUUUAAAAUGAUUGUAAUUCUCAUAUUAUUUUGGUAAUAAAUACUCAAUAUAUGUAAAAAAUUAUAUAUAACCAAAUUUUAGUUUUUUCUGUGCCAAAUAUUUAUUUUACCUGUUUUACUAUUUCUAUAGGGUAAAAAAUAAUCGAGAUAGAAACGUUUAAAUCUUAAAUUUUGCUGUGGGAACCAUGCAACCGGGGUCAUUUAACCGUUUAUUUUAAAAAAAGUAAGGGGUUUGAAAGAUUAGGUUCAACGUGCUUCAAUAGCACUUGGAAUUAACUUUCAAACAGUUUUUAGGGGAACCUGAUAUCGUAAACACAAACGGAGUUAUUAAAAAAAAACAAUAAAAUUUUUUGGAAAAAUUUUUAAAAGAUAAAUUUUGAAAAAAUUUUGGAGCAUAAAUUUUAACGCUAUCAGCAUGUUCGGGGGCUCAUUUGAUAGAUAUUUUUAAGUACUUUGACAAAUGUUUAAUAAGUUUAUGUUAUAAAAUGCAUCAAUUUCCCGUUAUUUCAGCUUGAAUACUUAGAUUUGGGUAGUCGCCGAAAGAAAUAUACAUUCAAUUACCUAUAGCUCACUUUUAGUUAAUAUUAAAAGGUUUUUCUAGUAAGGGGUUUAUUUCAUUUUUUAUUAGCUUCAAUUUUGAUAAUAAUAACUUUUUUGUAAAAACUUUUUGAGUUAUUGAUGAAAAAUUGGUUAAAAACAUGCAUUUUUCUCAAGAAAAAUUAAAAUUUUUGAUCUUUAAUAACUCAAAAAGUUUUGAUUUAUUUUAAUAACUUUAUAUAACAAAUUUUGCUUAAAAUUUGUCCCUCUAUCGAAUUAUGGGGUUAAUUUUAAUAAAAUAAUUUUCACCCCCAAGAAGGGGUGGCAUGCACCCCUAGCGUAAAAGCGCAAGUUGGCACCAUGUCACCUUUGUUCCUUGAGAUAUCCUCUAACCACUCACCAAUUUUCAUGCAAAUCGAUGGAGGUUCAACGAAAUCGGAGGUAAUAGCUCAAAUCAACCUUCAGUGACUCCACUAGAUAGCCCUAAUUGAAGAUUUAUAUACGCGUGUUUUCAUUUCUAAGUUUAAAUGUUUGCCCAUGUUGUAUCAAUAAAGCAUUAUAAUGUUUUACUUUUAACAUUGGCUCCUUGGCCUCUUCCUCGAUAACUUGUUAAAUCGAGGUAUUUAAAUUUCAUUACUUGUUCUACCAUUUUGUUUUAAACUCCUAGUUUGCACCUUAUUGAUUCUUUUGAUAUUGUUAGACUUUGUAGAUCAUGCUUAUAGAUUAUUACUGUUUCUCCAAUAAUCACUGUUUCGGAGAUAUACUAGGGCGAUCCGAUAAGUACUUAGCCUACAAAAGAAAAACGAAAAUUUUUGAAAAGUGCCGAUAUAUUUCUUAACUCCUCAUUCGACUUAAAUUUCUGACCGGUGAUUUGGAAACAAAAAGAAGUCGCACGGGCCGAAAUCUGGAGACUAAAAUGGAUGGGGUAACAAUUCGUAGCCCAAUUCGACCAAUUUGGCCAUGACGACGGCGGAGGUUGUGAGCCAGUGCAUUGUCAUGGUGGAAGAGCACUUUUUUCUUUUCCAAAGAGUAUCGUUUUUUCUGUAAUUCGGCGUGGAAUCGGCCCAAUAAUUCAGCAUAGUAGAGCCGUGUGACCGUUUUGCCCUUCUCCAGGUAGUUGAUGUAGUUCACACUAUGUGAAUCCCAGAAAAUGGUGACCAUCGCAUUUCUGGUCGAUAUGACAGUCUUCGCCUUCUUCGGAUCCCGUUCGCCGGGUGCCGUCUCCGGCAAAACACUGCUCCGAAUGGUCUCACGGUUGCGCUUGUUGUCCGAAGUGAGCAAAUAGAAUCGCUCUCUUGAAGCCUCUUGAAUUACCAAGCCUCUCUUGAACUUGAUAUUAUGCCCGAGAUAGCUGUUGAUGAGUAGAAGCAGAUGUUGGAACAAGAUAAGCGAAAUUGUACUCACUUUUAUGAGUUAUUCUUACAAAGCUUACAUAUUAUGAUAACUUACCUAAGCAGGUAACCUUUUUGGCAUUGAAUACUUUUUUUUUGUAGAUGUGGGGUUGAUAGGGACUUUUUACAUUUCAUUUAUAAUUGCAAAUUCGUACCAAUUUUUAAUUC